AAAUUGUAACUAGUUUGAACUGCCCCCUCUCACUUCAGCAUCCAAAAUGGCCGCUUCCGGUGCUUCCCAUUUAGGAAAUGGAAAAAUAAAUUUAGGAGCCCUGCGUGAUUACUACAGGAGAGAAUUGUUAGAAUGUUUAGAUAAAUGCAUUGGAACUAAAGCUCUUGUAUGGGAUGAUGCUCUAACUGGACCUUUUGGACUGAUUGCAGAGUACUCUCUUCUAAAAGAACAUGAUGUUGAAAAAAUGAUGUUGUUACCCAAGGAGAACCAGGCUCUGCCAACCAGUACUGUACAAAAUAUUAUCUUUGUUACCAGACCUAAAUUAGAACUAAUGGACCAGAUUGCACAAAGUCUUUUAAGAGAAGACCAGAAAGGUGGUUUUAGAAGAGAGUUUCACAUCAUAUUUGUUCCUAGAAAAAGUCUUUUGUGUGAAAAAAAGCUGAAGGAAGCCGGAGUUCAUGGUUCGUUUACCAAUAUAGAAGAAUUCAGCCUCGCUCUCAUUCCUUUUGAUUAUGACCUAAUGUCAAUGGAGAUGGACAAUUCUUUCAAGGAAUGUUAUUUAGAGAAUGACAACACAAGUAUGUUCUACGCAGCCCAAUCAUUGGUCACUUUACAAACUUUAUAUGGUAUCAUACCAAAUAUUGAUGGCAAGGGAGAAUGUGCUAAGCAUGUUGUUGACAUGAUGCUUCGUAUGAGACGUGAAUUAGAAGGUCACGAACCACAGAUUACUCCGCAAAUAGACAACCUCGUGAUAAUUGAUAGGACCGUCGAUCUAUUAACACCUCUUCUUACUCAACUUACAUAUGAGGGAUUGAUUGAUGAAUUCUAUGGCAUCAACAAUACCUCAGUAAAACUACCACCAGAGAAAUUUAGAAGUAAGGACGAAAGUGGGAGCACUUCAGACAUGGAGUACAAAUCCGUCGUCUUAAAUUCCACGGAUGAACUGUUCUCUGAGCUGCGUGACAAAAAUUUCAGUGCAGUUGGUAACACUGUCAGCAAAAAGGCAAAAAUUAUCACACAACAGUUUGAUGAGAGACAUUCCGCUAAAACAGUUGGUGAAAUGAAGAAUUUUGUGACCAAGCUGCCUCAUUUACAGCAAGCAAGAGCAUCAUUAGCAACACAUACAUCAAUAGCAGAGUUAAUUAAGGAUGGUACAGACACAGAUGAGUUUAUGGAAUGUUUACGAUGUCAACAAGAAUUAUAUAAAGGAGAGGAGACAGAUAAAGUUAACCAGUAUAUAGAUGACUGUAUAGGUAGACGAGAACCGUUAUUGAAGGUUCUGAGAUUAUUGUGUAUCCAGUCUUUCUGUAAUAAUGGAUUAAAGCCAAAAGUUUUUGAAUAUUAUAAACGAGAAAUUGUACAGACGUAUGGUUUACAACAUCUAGUGACACUGACCAAUUUAGAGAGAGUCGGGAUGCUACGGUUACAUACUAACAGAAGCUACCAGACUGUCAGAAAGUCCCUUAAACUCACUGUAGAGGAUGUCAAUGAAAUGGCCCCCAAUGAUAUAUCGUAUGUAUACAGUGGUUAUGCCCCGUUAAGUGUGCGACUGAUACAGUAUCUGGCCCGACCAGGCUGGAGAAGUAUCACUGAGGUACUGAGUAUAUUACCGGGACCAAGGGUUGAUGAGGUCCAACAAAUUCCUGUAGCUCUUAGAAAAAGAAGAAGUUCUAUAACAUCGUCACAUUCCAGUAUGGCUGAUCAGAAAGUCACUCUAGUCUUCUUCCUGGGUGGGGUAACAUACGCGGAAGUUGCGGCCCUUAGAUUUCUAGCACAACAAGACGAUGGGUGUGAUUAUAUAGUAGCAACAACAAAAUUGUUGACUGGUAGUCAGUUACUAUACUCACUGUAUGGUGACUGUCAGAAAGGCCAGCUUAGAGACGGACCUCAUUUCAGAUAGAAAAAUAAUGUGGGACCGACUAUGUGAUAGCUACAACCAAAAUAAUCAAUGGCAGUUCAUUACUUGAUAAACUUACAUAUAAUGUUGAACCUGUGAAACUGAAUCCUUUCAUGUGAUAUCACAAUACAAUCAAAUUAUGUCCUACAAUACAUCUGUAUAGAUAACUUAAAUAAGAUUAAUUGGGUCCAGUAUGAAGUAUGCUACAAAGUUACAUUGUUGAAUGAGGGUAAGUUCAAUUCUGACUUGCUGAACAAGUUGAAUAAAAUUAUAUUAUGCAAGCCUCUGGCGAGUUCAAUAAAUUUAGUAAUGAAUCUACACAAAUAUAAUAUUCUAUUUAUCACAUAUCCAAAAUAAAGACUGUUUCAAGUGAAAAAUAAUCAUUUCUCAUUGACACGCCUAUGGUGUAUCGCUAACAUUUAGCAUGUUACUGAGUUUUUAUAACGGAAAUGACAUCACAUCAAAAUUCUGCACUGCAGUGCACUACCAUUUUUACGGAGUGGCAAAAGCGGCAUGGAUAUGAAAUAAAAAAAUUGUUUUGUCAGGACUUGUGGACCACUGAUGAGGAUGAUGGAACAUUUACAGAGUGAAAAUUCGACUGCUUGCUCAUUGUCAUGUACAUUUACAAGUGAAUAGAUUGGUGUUUCCUUUAAAAAGGAAAAAAAAGGAAUUGAUCAGAAAUCCACCAAGCCAGGGGUUUUAAUAUAAUAUUUAUCUUCUUUUUGCUUUUGCUGAGAUUGUGUCCAAUAACCUGGGUUCCAGUCUCUCGAUUUUUAAUAUGUGCUUCUGUACAGCAUAUCAUCAAAAACUGUGAUGUGCUCACCAACGAGUACGAAAUAGCUUAUGCAAUAUGAAUAAGUAAAAAAUAUCAAUGCCAGAAUCCCAGGGUAGGUGUCUGACACCGGUUUGAGUAUAUAUUGAGCCAAGUUUCAAUGAAAUUAUUAACUAAUUUACUUCUACCACCUGAAUCUGCCAUAAAAAAUUGUCAAUUUCUCCCUUUGAUAAAUAUGUAUAUUUAUUGACUUUUGUUUUGCUUUAAUGUGCAAUAUGUUAUGUAUAUAAAAGAUAGAUAUGAAUGAUUAUUACCAAAAUAAAUAUAAAAAAAUA